CCGGGCUGGGCGGGCUCCCAGGACGAGCGGUGGGACCGGGCCGGUGCGUCCCGAUGCAGUGCUGACCAGUCCCCGCAGGCCCGGUCCCCUCAGGCCCGGUCCCCGCUCCGGGCGGCGGCGCCGUGGGAGCAGCAGCGCGGGGCUGAGGGACGGCCAUGGGCCGCAGCCGCUCCCGGUCACCGCCGCGGCGGGAGCGCCGGCGCUCGCGCUCCACGUCCCGGGACAGGGACAGGCGGCGGCGGGAGCGAUCGCGGUCCCGGGACAGGGACAGGAGGAGGAGCCGGUCCCGCUCCCCACACCGGAGACGAUCCAGGUCCCCACGCCGGCACCGCUCCAGCUCCUCAUCACCAGCACGGCCCAAGGAGCGCCGGGAUGAGGAGAAGAAGGAGCUCAAGGACUCCAAGAAAGAGCGACAGAUCACAGAGGAGGAUUUGCAGGGCAAGACAGAGGAGGAGAUCGAGAUGAUGAAGAUGAUGGGUUUUGCCUCUUUUGAUACCACCAAGGGGAAGAAGGUGGACGGCGCUGCCAACGCCUAUGCCAUUAACGUGUCCCAGAAGAGGAAGUACAGGCAAUACAUGAACAGAAAAGGAGGAUUCAACAGGCCCCUGGAUUUCAUCGCCUGAUGCUGAGAGACGACUCCCACCACUGAAGGAUUUCGCUUCCCUGCACUCUUCUGGGUGGCUCCAGUGCUGGAUUCCAGUGGAAUUUGGGUUAUUCCCAACAAAUCCCACAGCCAGAGCCGCCAUGAGUUUCCAUUUCUCAGAUUUUUGUCAUUAUUUUUGUCACAACAAAGGUCAGUUUCUGGCUGGGAUUUUGCUGUGUUUUCCCUGGUCUUGGUUUGUUUCCCUGUUAAUAAAACCCCAGAUGAUUUUUUUUUCUUCUA